AUGUCUACCCAGUCUUGCGUCCCACCACAAUACGCGCCUUCGUCUAAGGCUCUCCAGUCGACCUCCUCCUCACUGCUUUCUCUUACGUUCAGACCCCAUGCUUGGCUAUGUGCCUUUGCCCGCAGCUCCAUCCUGACUGUUCUCGACGAAGCUAUCACCAUCGGCCACCUUACUAUUUCUGACAACGACGGCACCCACCACUAUGGCCAGUACUCCAAGGGCGGCAACAACGUUCACUUUAAAGUCGUCAACGACAACUUUUGGCUUCGCAUUAUGCUAUCGGGCGAUCUUGGAUUCAGCGAAGCCUAUAUGAUUGGUGACGUCGAAGUUGCGGACCUGAGAGGCGCGAUGAACCUCUGGCUCGAAAAUCAAAACGGGAUGGAAGCAACCCUGUCCUCCAUCGUAUCCAAAAUCUCCUCUGCCGUCUCAGGACUAUAUAAUGGCAUCCUCGGCCAAACCCAGUCUCAGGCCCGGCUAAAUGUUAUCGCCAGCUAUGACCAAUCCAACGAAUUGUUCAAGGCGUUCCUGAGCAAGGAGAUGAUGUAUUCAUGUGCCCUUUGGGACUCGCCAGAGGGUGGCGUUCGAGGCGAUCUCGAGUCUGGGCCUACUCCGGGCGAUCUCGAGUCGGCCCAACUACGCAAAAUUCACCAUGUGCUUCGAAAAGCUCGCGUCAGACCUGGUGAUCGCAUCUUGGAGUUUGGGAGCGGGUGGGGAGGGCUUGCUAUCGAGGCUGCGCGUUCUUUUGGCUGCGAGGUCGACACUCUCACCCUAUCGAUUGAGCAAAAAAAGCUGGCCGAAGAGCGCAUCAAGGAAGCUGGUCUUGAGAGCCGCAUUCGUGUUCAUUUACUCGACUAUCGGGAAAUCCCCGCCGAGUUCGAAAAGUCCUUCGACGCAUUCGUUAGCAUUGAAAUGCUCGAGCACGUUGGCUCUAAAUACUACUCUCUCUAUUUCAAACUCGUGGACUUUGCCCUAAAAUCAUCACGAGGAACUGUCGUCAUCAGCGCCUCCACCUUCCCUGAAUCGCGAUACACCGGCUACCAAGCCGAAGACUUCAUGCGGAAGUAUAUGUGGCCCAAUUCAUGCUUGCCGAGUGCGACCGCACUAAUAACGGCAGCACAAACUGGAUCGCAGGGUCGAUUUACGCUAGAGGGCGUCGAGAAUCACGCAGCUCACUACCCCCGAACGCUUCGGGAAUGGGGCCGCCGGUUAGAAGCCAACCUCACACAAGACCUGGUUUCGCGCGACUACCCUGCAUUGCGAGACCGUUCGGACUACGACGCCUUCAAGCGGAAGUGGCAAUACCUUUUCGCCUACGCCGGCGCUGGGUUCGCAAAAGGCUACAUUACAUGCCACAUGCUCACGUUUAUCCGCCAAAACGACACACCGGAAGCAUGCGACUGA